AUGAGCGGACAGAAAUUUCAGUACGAUGAGAGUGGCGGGACGUUUUUCUACUUUUUGCUAUCAUUUUUGGCGCUGCUCCUGAUUCCUGGAACUUAUUACCUGUGGCCACGUUGCCCAAAGCCAGAUCCUCAACAAGCUCAAAAAAAAUGUCAGUGCAAUGGAUGUAAAAAGAAGAAAAUUAUAUUGCAGCAAAAUGAGCCCUGGAAGGAAACCAAAGCUCUAUUUAUAAAAUUCCUCAUUGUUUUAGGAUGGGUCAUUUUAAUAUUUCUGGCUUAUAAAGUAUCUCAGUUUGAUUAUGAAAUGGCAAGCUUUGAUCCCUUUGAGAUUCUGGGCGUUACUCCGGAAUCAUCACAAAGUGAAAUCAAAAGAGCGUAUCGUAAACUUUCCCUUAUACUCCACCCAGAUAAGAAGGAAACGGGAAAUGAAAAAGCAUUCAUGAAAUUGACUAAAGCCUACCAGGCUUUGACGGAUGACGAGGCUCGAAGGAAUUGGGAGAAGUUUGGAAAUCCAGAUGGCCCUAUAGCCAUGAGUUUGGGAAUCGCUUUACCUUCUUGGAUCGUAGAAAAGGAAAAUUCAGUUUGGGUUCUGGGGCUGUAUGCUUUAGUUUUUAUGGUUGCUCUACCAACAAUUGUCGGUAUGUGGUGGUAUAGAAGUAUCCGCUACACUGGAGAUCAGGUUCUGUUAGCUACGACUGAAAUAUAUUAUUACUUCUUCAGCAAAACACCUUCAAUGGAAUUGAAAAGGAUUAUAAUGAUUCUUGCUGCUUCCUCAGAGUUUUACAAAAGGCGCAAUGCCGAGAUCGUAGAACGACAAUCUGACAACGAAGAAGUUCCUUUGCUUAUAAAGCAGUUAUCCAAUUUAAAUGAAAAGAAUAAGGAAAUUCCAUUGUGCUAUUUAUACUCCAUUAAAGCUAGAGCACUGCUUCACGCGCAUUUAUCUCGAAUGCCAUUGAAUCCUGAUACUUUGGAAAAAGAUAGACAGUACAUCGUUAAGAAAUGUCCAUAUUUAAUACAAGAGAUGAUCGCCUGCAUCAGUCAUUUAAUUAUGAUGGCAUAUGCGCGAAAAGUAUUACGGCUUCCAACGAUUAAUACAUUAGAAAACUGCAUGAAAUUGUGUCCGAUGAUAGUCCAAGGAUUCUGGGAGUUCAAGAAUCCUCUCCUGCAGCUGCCACAUAUUACCGACGAUAAUUUAAAAUAUUUUUUAGCUAAGAAGCGACAGAUCAAGAGUCUUCAACAGUUCGCUCAGUUGAAGGGCGAGGAGAGAAGGCAAAUCCUUCGAAGUCUAUCGGAUAGUCAAUACGAGGACGUUAUGAAAGUCCUUGGAAACAUGCCGUAUAUCGAAUUUAAAGUAUACUCAGAAGUUAUCGAUGACGAAAACCCAACCGUGUACACUGCUGGUGCAAUUGUAACAGUGACGGUGUCUUUGUCGCGAAAGGACAUGAGAGAGUUAUUUGGGGACGAUACUGUAAAGGAACAGACUAUUAUCGAUGACAGCAAAGCGGGGGUGGAGACGAAUGGAGAGGUGCCGGAGGAACAGAACCAAGUGGCGAAGAAACCGGCAUGGCUCAGGCAGAGAAAGGGAGCCAAAAAGUCACACAAGAAAGGUACCAACAAGAAGACGGUGUCUGCCAAACCCACGCAGCCGGUUGUACAGAAUAAUGCGGCUGCACCUCAGAGCAAUACUCCCAAUGCGAAGAAGAAGGACGACGUUAAGGAAGACGCCGAUCAGGGUAAGGAUAGGGUAUCGGAUAUUAGUGACAGCGAAGCUGACAGCGAAAGAAGCGAGGAGGAGGACAGCUCUCACGAGAAGAAGGAGUCCACGCUCGAUGACGAUGACACCGAGUGGGAGAGAUUUCAACAGAAAAUCACGAAGAGGGAGAAGGUCCUGGAGGGAAGGAGCAAUCUCUCGCAUGAAGUUCACUGCCCCCUGUUUCCGGAUGUCAAGCAGGAGUACUGGUGGGUUUACGUCUGUGAUCGAAAGAGUCGCAGUCUCCUAACGGCACCUGCCCACGUCACGUCGCUGUCCCAUCACGACGUGGUGCAACUGCGAUUCACCGCGCCACGAUGGCCCGGAUUUUAUACAUUUACUGUGUGCCUACGCAGUGACUCGUAUCUCGGCUUUGACCAAGCCCAGGACAUUAAGCUGGACGUCAAGGAGGCACCUGAAAUUCCAACGGAACAUCCUCAGUGGGAUAUUUCCGACGAGGAGGUUGCAGAGGACGUGGACGCCGCUGAUGAACAUUCCGAGUUCACGACGGACGAGGAUAUCAGUGAUAACGAAUAAGAUCGUAUUCCGUUCGUGAAGUUAGUCAGAUAGACUAAUCAUUUCGGAAACUUUUGGAAUCUCAUUUGUUCGUUCGUUUUCCAUUUUUGUCCCCCCUCUUCUUCUGGAUUUUUUUUUUUUUUUGUACUUAUCAAGCUAGGCCACCAAGGGACUUUUUAUAUGCGAAAUGCAUACUUGUUGUGCGUGGACAAUUUAGACGAAUAGUACAGUGUGCGACAUUCCUCGACGAGGAGGAAACCACUAGCAAAUGGAGAAUAUUUAUUUUAACAUUGUUGCUCGAUUACCGAUCUAUUAGGAGAUACUUAUGCACAACUUUUGAAUAAAAUGGAAUUGUCUAUAUGUUUAAGGAACGGCUGGUUCGUGUUGUACACACCCCUCUGUGUCCUGGUCACGCUUAACUUUAUCUUCACAAUGUGGCUUCCAAUAUUAGCAUGCAAGCGUGAACCGGCAGGACACCGCGUUAUAAAAAAAUGUGAAAGCUGGCACAAAGAAAGUGCGUGAUCCGGUUAUUCAAGCAUGAUACCUUUUUGCGUACGGCUCAAUUCCUUAUAUUGAACCCCACUGUUGAGAGCCAGCUUAGUCAGUAAAAUACAGUUAAAGGAGUGCAAAGUAUAUCGUUAAAGUUCUCAAAAUGAGUUGCAACAAUAUUGGCGCCCUGUUUUCGAUCCUCCGAGGAUGCCUCUUGAUACUUCUCCUUCAACUCACCGUGGCUACUAUCGAUGCUUCCAGAAGCAGUGCUCCACAAUUUCAUCGAGGUCUGAAUUUCAACGGACCAGUAUACACAUUUGUCAAAACGGAUGAACAUGCAAACCUAAAGUGGGGAGUAAGGCAAUAUAUCCCACGAUUGAACUAAUUGAUUAUUCCUGUAUCAUAUGUAUCAUUAGUUUAAUUAACAAUUAAUUCCUGAAGACAUAAGGUACAACGAACUUUCAUAAGAUUUGUAAUAAGAUAAAAAUAUAAUGUGUAACUGUAUAAAUCUCAUUUGUAAGAAAAGUAUCAACUCUAAA